AUGUCACCGCCCUGCCCCCCCUCACCCGCAACCUUCCCACAAUCCACCCCCCCCUCUUCAAACCUCCUCAUCAAAACCUUACUAACCCCAAUAACCCCCCAAACCCUCACUUUAACAACCGACAUAACCCACCUCACCACAUCCUUCAAAACCCGUUACUUCCGAUCAAAGUCCGGUCGAGAGGCAUCGAUAUGGGUUUUCAACCGACUAAAAUCAAUAAUUACAUUAAAUCCAAGUGAGAUCGGUGGAGAUGUGGUUAAUGUCAAUGCAUCCGUGGAAUUGUUUAAUCACUCGUGGGUUCAACCGUCUGUUAUUGCGAAGGUGGUAGGGGGUUCUAAUACCACAAUAGUCCUCUCCUCCCACAUCGACUCUCUAAACCUCCACCUGCCGCAUUUCCUCCCAGCACCGGGCGCGAACGACGAUGCAUCAGGAGUAGCAGCUUUAAUCUCAAUAUUCCAAAUCAUAAUAUCCUCCAACCCACCUAUCAAAUUCAAAAACACCUUGGAAUUCCAUUUCUAUUCGGCGGAAGAACCAGGGUUCUGGGGAUCAACCGAUGUUUUCAGCAGUUAUAACAAAAUGUACAGAGAUAUACAUUCCGUCUUACAAUUCGAUAUGAUCGGUCGAAUCCCCCCUACGAAUAACAAACAGAAAGAAAACGAUAAUAUACAAAAAUCAAAAGGAGAAAUAGGAAUUGUUAAUGACUUUCUCGAUGAAGGGUUUAAGAAGUAUAUCAAGUUAAUAGCGGGUGAAUAUACUGGUAUUAACACGGUGGAUACAUAUUGCGGAUACGCGUGUAGCGAUCAUGCUUCUGCUAUAAGAUAUGGAUAUCCAGGUGGGCUGCUAACUUCUGGAAAACUUGAGGAUGGAUUGGCACGGGAGGAUGAUGUUUCACAUACUAGGUAUGAUACGAUGGAUAGAUUGGAUUUAUCGCUUAUAACGGAGUUUGUGAGGUUUGGAGUCGCUUGGGGGGUUGGAUUGGGGGUUGCUGAUAUUAGGAUUGAUAAUCGUGGAGGAGGGAGGGUGGAGGAUGGGAGGAGAGGGUAUUUGUGUGAUAAUGGGUAUCCGGAUGGAUUUAUGGGUGGGGUAAGAAGGUUUUCGGCGGCGAGAGCGGCUGAUCCUUUGGGGAUUGGAUUAUGGAUUUUGAUGUUGGCGGUCAUCUUGGGGAUUGCGAGGCCUUGGGAGGAAGUUCCGAUUGUUAUGAAGAUGGGGAGGAUGGUUAGAAGGGGGGUUAGGAGGGGGUACGGGGUGCUCGUGAGGAGGGAGGAACCGGAUUAG